AUGAAGCUCGGCACGUUUGCCACCCUGCUCGCCUUUGCGCUGGUCGCAAUCGUCGACGGCAAAAAGCACAAAGCUCGACAUGGCCACCAAAGGUCCACCGGGACCAUCACGAGCCAUCAGCUCGGUGUGCCCUGGGGUUGCGACCCGUCCUGCAUCAAAGGUCUCAAGUCGACCGGUCGCUCCGACAUCUCGUUCUACCACCACUGGCAGGAUACGCGCGUCCCCGAGCUGGACGCUCUCGGUCUCGACUACGUGCCCACCUUCUGGGGCCCUUCCAAGUGGGACAAGUGGAACGCGGUAAAGAACGAACUGAACGCCGGCGCAUUGCCCACUUACAUGCUAGCCUUCAACGAGCCGGAUGUGCAAGGGCAGUCCGAUGUGGGACCUCAAGCGGCGGCACGAUUGUGGAUGCAGGAGCUCAAACCGUUCGCCGACCGCGGUGUCAAGGUCGGAUCUCCCCAGGUCUGCUGGAACAUGCAAUGGUUGCAAAAAUUCAUGUCCGCCUGCCAGCGGCUCGGAUGCGAUAUCAGCUUCAUCGCCAUCCACUGGUACGGCUCCUGGAGGGACUUUGACAAGUUCACCGCCUGGAUCGAGUCGGUGCACGAUGCGUACGGUUUGCCCAUCUGGGUGACCGAGUACGGCAUUACGCAGGCCAGUCGCGGCACACAGGCCCAGAUCAAGGACUUCCACAUCCGCGCCGUGCAGUGGAUGCACUCGGUGGGUUACGUUCAACGAUCUGCGUGGUUGGGUGGGUUCCCGGUCGAUCAGAAACCCGAUCCCUACCCGUCGGCGAUGAACAGCUACUUCAACGGCGACGGCAGCGCUCGCGACCUCCUCUGGUGGGCAGCCAACUCGGGUGGUGGAGACUACCUCAACCUGCUCGGCAAGAGAGACGUCGCUAACCACACCCUCCACGACGACGAGAUCAAGCAAUCCCUCCACCCACAGUACGACGAGGAUCACUGCGAUUACAAGUGCCAGCUCCGCCAGGGAAGCAUCGAGAAGCACGCGAGGAACAAGAAGGGCAUCGUCGAGGUCAACGACGGCAAGGUGUGCGUCGAGACGCCCAGCAAGCUCGACCGAGAGGAACGCAAGAAGUUGACCACCUGUCUGCGCCAGGCGGGGGUGUUGAAGAGCGAGGGCACGGCACACGAUGCGGGCAAGAACGUCUCGAUGAGCCACGACAAUGAGCACCGCCACGUCGGCACGCCGAUGCAGAAGGGUGCUCCCGUUGAGAGCUCUUGA